AUGAAAAAAUCUGACUAUAAUUUAGCCAAAUAUUUUAUAGUUUUAGCAAAUAUUUAAUUAAUACAUUAUCUAGCUUUUGCUUAACAAUUAAUUUCAUUAUAGCCCUAUUAAUGUAGUGGCACUUAAUUUUAUGAUGGUAGAACAUUUUCUUGCACAAAUUAAGUUGAUAAUACUAUAGGUUCAGACAAGACAACUAUUACUUGCGAUCCAACUAAAUAGUAUUUUAAAUUAGGUUAAAUAUGCGUUUAAAAUACAUAAGUAGCCGGUUCUACUUCAGUAUAAGGUAUUUAUGCUGUAACAAAUGGAAACUUUGCUUUUGAAAAUUGUUUAAAUAAUUCUAAUUAAUAUCAGACAUAAUAUUGUUUCCCUUAGUUGAAUACAUGCACAGCAUCAAAUACAUAAAAAUGUAUAUACUUAUAGUCAAUUUUUUAAAAAAUUCCUAAUAAGUUAAUCAAUGGAUUUGAUUUAACUAGUAAAUAUUAAGUUAUGUCGGAUGUUGGAUAAGGUUAAUUUGGAUAUAUAGAUACUAGUUUUCCUUUUUCAGCAGCAGCUAAAUCUUCAGUUGAAAAUUAAAUUAUAAACGCUUAUGCAUGUUAUAGUUAAGGGAAUGCAUAGAGAAUGCAUCCAAAAAGCUGUAACUAUUUGAUAAAUAGAUGCUUGAUAAGAGGAUUUUCUUCUGAUUAUGAAGACUGUGCACUUUUAUAAAGCAUUAGUAAUUCAAAGUUCACUGCAGGAUAACAAUAGCUUUAUCAAUAUUUGACCUCUAGCUACACUUAGUAAUCGAUUAAUACUAAUCUAUAUGUGAUGUUAUAUGAUUAAGAUGGAGAGUUCAUAGAUUUUCGUCCAUUUACUACAGAUUUAUAGUUAUGCAGCAAAGGUGUUAAUGAUGACAAUGCUUUUAAAACUUUUGGCUCAAGCUUUGAUAACCGAUGCUAGCUAGAUCCAACCACUAUCAAAUCUACAUCUAAUUUCUUUGAAAUCUAUACUUAAGACCAAAGUUCAUCUUCACAGACGACAAAUAAGUUUUAAAAGCUUUAAGUGUAAGUUACUUACUAUGAUCUUUGGGGUAAAUCUGAUACAAUAAAUGUUAACAGAUUUUACUUGUAUGAAAAAGGGUUUUAUGAUUAAAAAAUAUAAGUAGCCACUUCUAUAAAUUUGAUUAUUGAUGUCUCAAAUUCUUAAGCAUAUAUCAAAGUCAACUAUCAAUAAUUAUAAGCCACUAGCACAAGUACAACGACAGUCAAUUUUUCAGUUUCAUAUCAAAGUACAGGGAGCUCUUUAGAUAAUUUUUGGCUAGUUAUUAAAAUUUUCUUUGCUAUUUACCUCGUUCUUGUAUUUUUAUGGUGUCUUGCAAGAUUUUACAUUUGGACUAUGUACAAUCCUCGUACAGAUGGACAAUAAAGAAUGAUGCCCAAUUACACAGUUAAGUUUUUGUGGAAUAUAUUUGUAAUCAUAUGUGACUGCUAUGGAGAAGCACUUAUAUUUUUCUUGUUUAUCCUUAGUGCAGCCUUAUAUAUUAUUGCAAAAGCCUCAACCUCUCCUAACUUUAUUAUGCCACCAAGAUUCUCUGAUAGCUAAAUCUAUACUUCAUUCAUCAUUUGUUGUGCAUUUGGAUUUGCAUUUAAGCUUAUUGCCACUUUUAAUUUAAUAUUAAAGUAAUCAAACUGUUAAAUCUAUUUCUUAGAUUGGGAGCCCAAAAAGAAGUUCUUGCAUUAAGAAGAGGAUAAAGGUUAAUCAAGUUGGAGAACAUUGUUCGUAGCAAAUGAGUUUAACGAACUAGCUGUUUAUAGGAUAGUUUCUAUUGAAUGGACUUUAUUUUUUAUGGCAAUGCUUAUGAAUGGUGUGGAUUGGGAAAAUGGAGCAAGCAACACAUUUUCGAGCUCUUCUAAUUUACCAACUUAAAAUAUUGGUAUAAAUAUCAUUUACAAGUUUUUCAUAAAUGCUAGUUUGUUUUUCUUUAUUGGAUUGAUAUAAAUUAUUGCUAGAAAUUUAAUUAAAAUAUGGGUCCCUUUCAAAAUAUAAGAUUUCACUGAUUUUUGUUCAGUUUCAAAUGUGAGUAUAUUUAUAUUUGACGAUUAUCUCCAUGGAUAUUAUCUUCAUGGUUAAUCUCCCGAUAAAUACGCUGAAGGUGAUUCUUUGUGGCUAAUGCAGUGCUUAGGAGAUGAUGUUCCUAUUGAAUUUUUCUAAACCAAUAAUUAUAAUAGAUUUGGUAGAUUUCCAAAUUAAUUUAAUAAUUCUAUGAUGAUGAGAUAGUUAUAGUAAGGCACUGGAGGUAAUAUGGGAUAUCAAAGUGCAAGAGGAAUGUAAAUGAUGCAAUAGCAGCCUGGAGCUAUGGGCAUGGGAAUGGGUAUGGGUAUGGGUGGUCUCCCAGGUUAACCAUAAUAAGGAAAUUUCCCUACAUAAAAGAUGAAAAGAGAACAAAGAGGGUUAAACAAUACAAAUGAUUAAAUUUUUGAAUUUUUCAUGUCAUGGGACUUAAGAGAAUAGAUUGAUUAUAUGUUUGAAGUUAGACAAAAAUCUAUAGAAUAUCUUGAAAAAAAGAGAAAAGAAUUAGAGCUAGCUAAAAAGGCAAAGCAAAAUUUAAAACAGAAUAAAAAAAAUAAUGAAUUGGAAAUAGAAGAAUAAAAAUCUUUAAAAAAUAUAGAAGAUGUUAAAGAAGCUGAAAAUAACUAGAACUAUUUCGCAGACAUUACAAUUGAAAAUGGUGAAGAACUCUUCAAACCAAAAAUGGAUGGAAUUUUAAGAGAAGUAAUCAGAAGUAUGAACAAAGGAGCUGGCUAAAAUUCUAAUAUUUUUGAAAUGGAGUUUUCAUAAAGGUUCUUGCUGCAUUUACCUCCUCCUACUCAUGUAGAUAGAAGAUUUAAUUAAAAUAUGUUUUAUGUGGAUCGUGACAAUAUUUUCUCUAGUGUUUUAUAUUCAGGCUAUGAGUUUACAUUACUUUAUUUUUACAUAACUGUCUAUACCUUUAUAGAUCUGGUAUCGGAAUCAACACUAGUUGCUGUAAUAGUUACUUAUGGUCUAGACUAUAUCUUUAAGUAUAUCAGACAAGAAAGAGGAUAAUCUAAUAUCAGCACUAAAGCAGGUAUUGAUGAGCAGUUUUUAAUUUGA